CCUCCAUUUCCACACCAAACUACAACUUGCAAUUUGCGUAUUGUAUUCCUCAUCCGAGAGAAGCAGUCAACAACUCACCGGAGAUUCGCCGGAAAACUCAUCAAGUUUCAAGCAGUUAGUUCCGAUCCACGUCUUUCAAUUCCUAUCAUCUCAUCGAACAUGGAGAGGGCGGCGACCUACGACAACGACGAUCUCAACCUUAAAGCCACCGAACUAAGGCUAGGAUUGCCGGGCACAGAUGAACCGGAGAGAGAAACAUCUCAAAACUCAAGAACCAAAAAGAGAUCAUCAUCGGAGAUGGGAGGAUGUUCUUCCAGCGACUCCCAAGACGACCCUGCCCCUGCAACAAAGACACAAGUUGUGGGAUGGCCACCGGUUAGGUCCUACCGGAAAAACGUAAUCCAGGCACACAAGUCGCCGGAGACGACGACGGAGAUGGGCGGUGGGAUUUACGUGAAAGUGAGCAUGGACGGAGCCCCGUAUCUAAGAAAGAUGGAUCUAAACGUAUACAAGAGCUACCCAGAUCUAGUGAAGGGGUUGGAGAAGAUGUUUAAAUGCAGCAGCAAUAUCUGCGUUUACUCCGAGAGGGAAGGCAAUAUGAAUAACGGAUCUGACUAUGCUCCGACGUAUGAAGACAAGGACGGCGACUGGAUGCUCGCCGGAGAUGUGCCGUGGGAGAUGUUCGUUAACAACUGCAAACGCCUGAGACUCAUGAAACUGAAGGAUCUGAAGCUAAAGGCUUAAGAUCAGACUGUAAAACAACAUAUAUAUUAUAUAUUAUAUAUAAAUAUUUUCAGUUCUUAAACUCGGCAGACUCUUUGUAAACACAUGUUCAAACUGUAUUGAUAUUGAGAAAUAGAUAGUGAAAGGAAUAGUAUAUUACAAUAUUUAGUGCAAAGCACAAUUAUAGUUCUUUGUAGGGUUGAACUGAUCUGAGUUGUGACCCAUAAUAUCAACAAAAACAAAAAC